UCGGGCAUAAAACCGGCUUGUGAUGUGGCGUCGUGAGUACGCUAUCGAAUACGGAUACGAUUGACUAUAGUGACUACGACCGUUGGAGGUUGCGCUGGUGAACCAGUACGUACGUAGUGCGCAUCAGUUUAGGAGUUGAUCGUUGAAUAACGCAAAUUUUCUUUCCAACACAGACGCGCUGACGAUCACAGCGAGUUUAAUGAUCCGCUAAGUACGAACGCGCGCCGGUAGUUCUUUCCUUUUUCUCUCAGUGCUUCGAGAGACUGUAAUCGAAAAAUCGUAGCGCGAAACCACGUGCAGAAAGCCGCAUAACCGACACACGUCCAAGUAUGUCGACGAAAUCGAGCAAGAAGACAGCGGCGGCGGCGGCCGCGGCCGCCGCCUCUUCCGCUUCGUCAUCUUCCAGCAGCAUACAAUCCCCACCGGCGAGCGCAUCGACUCCGAUCGGCCGGAGACCCGGCAGCCCGCUCAGCCCUACGCGAUACUCGCGGCUGCAGGAGAAACAGGAUCUGCAAAAUCUGAACGAUCGUCUGGCAUGUUACAUCGACAAGGUACGGACCCUCGAGGCCGAGAACUCUCGGCUGACGCGGGAGGUGCAGACCACCCAGGAGACCGUCACCCGGGAGGUGUCCACUAUCAAGUCCAUGUACGAGCACGAGUUGUCCGACGCGCGAAAGCUGCUAGAUGAGACCGCCCGAGAACGCGCUAAGCUUGAGAUCGACUGCAAACGUUUGUGGGAUAACAAUGAGGAUCUCAAGGCCAAAUUGGACAAAAAGAUCAAAGAUUGCCAAACCGCAGAACGAAAUGCGACUAUGUACGAAACCCGCUGGAAUGACUCCCAAUUGCAAUUCAAUCAGUCGCAGUCAGAACGCAAGAAGCUCGGCGAUGAAAAGCGUGAAUUGGAAAAGGAAGUGGAUCGAUUGAAAGCGCAACUGGACGACGCUCGCAAACAUCUGGAGGAAGAGACUCUGCAGCGAAUCGAUCUUGAAAACAAUAUUCAAACUCUCAAGGAAGACAUCAGUUUCAAAGAUCAAGUUUAUCAGCAAGAACUUACAGAAACACGUACAAGACGACAAGUUGAAAUAUCGGAGAUCGAUGGUCGUCUCGCAGAACAAUAUGAGGCUAAAUUGCAACAAUCGUUGCAAGAAUUGCGCGAUCAGUAUGAAGCGCAGAUGCGCGUUAAUCGAGAAGAAAUCGAGCUUCUGUAUGAGAAUAAAAUUAAAAACUUGACGUCUCACGCUCAGCGUAAUAGCGGAGCUGCUACAAUGGCAGUCGAGGAAUUAAGACAAACUCGAUCUAGAAUCGAAGGGCUUAAUUCAAGAAUCAGUGAACUUGAAGCGACCGUUAACGCUCUUAAUUCACGUCUCAGAGACUCGGAGAAUAUGCGAGAAAACGAACGCGCUCGUCACGCGGAGAAUAUGGCUGCGGUGGAAGCGGAGUUAACACGCAUGCGAGAUGAAAUGGCCCAGCAAUUGCAAGAAUAUCAAGAUCUCUUAGAUACUAAAGUGGCACUUGAUCUGGAAAUCGCGGCAUAUCGCAAAAUGAUCGAAUCUGAAGAAGCUAGAAUGAACAUUGCACCUCUACAAUCAUCAACAACGUCUCAGUCCGUUAGCGCUAGAACAACUCCGUCCAGACACACGCCUCUUAGGGGCGCUAAGCGAAAACGCACUCUGCUGGAAGAAAGUGAAGAGCGCAGCAGUAGCGAUUAUAGUGUAAUCUCUACCGCCAAAGGUGACGUAGAGAUUACAGAGGCUGAUCCCCAAGGGCGAUUUGUAAAACUGACUAACAAAGGCAAUAAGGAAAUGAGCUUGAGUGGGUGGCAGGUUAUCCGCAAGGCCGGUACCUUAGAAACAAUCUUCAAGUUCCAUCGUACCUCGAAGCUAGAUGGAGGUGCUAAUAUAACAGUAUGGUCGGCCGAUAUUGGUGCAACGCAUGAACCGCCAUCCAACAUUGUCAUGAAGGGCCAGAAGUGGUUUAUCGCAGAUAACAUGACUACAACUCUGAUUAAUAACGAAGGAGAAGAAGUGGCAUCUUCUGAGCGCAAGAGGCAGCAAUUGUCGACAAGUUUAUCUCGACACAGAGAAGGAUUGGGAUUCCGGCCAUCAGAGGAACUUCAUCAUCAACAGAGAAGAUAUCUGUACCCAUAUUAAGGGUGAGGGCACACGACUCUGAUGGGCACUUUAUGGGGAUCUCCAAAGUCAAGAACGUUGCCGCCUUAUGUAAUAAACAUUAAUUUAUCAUAAGGUUUAAUACAAUAUCAAAACAAAAAUAUUAGAAGCUUAUAUUAUACUGAGACUUGCUCCGCAAGCGAUAAUUAGAGAUUAAUGAAAAUAAUAAAAUUCACGCGUUACAUCAAGGAAUUAAUUGGACAUAUAAAAUACAUUACUUGUGUUUGUCAGAUUUUUGCUUUGAGAAAAAAAAAUGAAAGAAGAAAAACAAUA